AUGGAUUCCAUUUUUGUUCAGCAAGCGCGACUGGAAAAGAAACUCUGUGAUUUACUUGAUGAGGCAAUCGAGAGGACAAAACAAAACGUAGAAAAGAAGAGAAAGGCUUUGACAGUUGAAGUGAUGGAGGAAGAGGAAGCUCAUACAGAGUCAGAAAGUGUAGCAAUGGGUUGGGAUGGGAAGCCAAUACCAUACUGGCUCUACAAACUAGGCCUUGGCCAGGAAUAUAAAUGUGAGAUCUGUGGAAACUAUAGCUAUGGGGGAAAAAGGGCCUUUGAGAGACAUUUUGAAGAAUGGCGUCACGGACGCGGAUUGCUUCGUUUGGGAAUCACAGGGAAGGUCAACAGAAUCACUUUGGUUGAGGAAGCAAAAGAUCUGUGGAAUACGUUACCAGAGAGUCAAAAAGUGCGGCUCCGGGCUGACGGGAAUCUCAGACCACUUCCUCGUUUGAAGGAUCAGGAAUUCAAAGAGAGCAAUCCAAGUCAAGCUCCAACGGGUGUAGCAAUUCCACCUCCAGAUAUCAAAACUAUGCUAGAGAGAACUGCAUUUUUCCUGGCAAAAGAAGGGUUGGAGACUGAGAGGAGGGUCACAGACAAAUAUGAGAAUGAAGCAAUAUUCAGCUUUUUGAAUAGCUCUGAUCCUUAUCACGCGUUUUACCAGCAUAAGCUUACUGAGUACCGUGCUCAGAAUCAAGAUGGAGCUCAGGCUACACAUAUCCAGCCAGUUGCUCCAACUAGAGCUGUCAAAUGGACCAUUUGGGCGAGUCCAUCUGGACAUUCUUUUGCAUGGGCCAAAGUUGGACAGUCCCAAAUGGACAAUGGUCCACAAAAUGUCCAUGCCCAUUAA